AUGCAGCACUUCCUGGCGGGGCUUAAACCCAGGGGGGGUAAAGCAGGACAUGUGAGCAAGCCAUUUCUGCGGAAACAGCACCGGAAUAAAACCUUCGAUGAGAGAGAACGCGCCUUCUUCGACCAGAUGCACACCGAGUGGUGGAAUGAUCACGGGAAGGACAAGCGAACAUGGUGUGACGUACUUCAAAAAAUCGCAGGAGGAAACACUUACAGCCUUCACGACUAUAACAAGCACAGGUUUAACUUCAUCACGAAAAAUUAUGAGUUCCUUUUUUUCGAGAAAAUGAGAAAAGAGGGACAACAUGGGAGAGAAAAAGAAAAAGACAUCACGAUAAAUAUUCUGGAUGUGGGUUGCGGUGGAGGAAUACUAUGCGAGUAUAUGCGGAGGAACUUUUCCUAUUUUCUUCUAAAGAGUGACAUAAUAGGACGAGGUGCAGGGUCCACUUAUGUGUCCGGGAGGACGGUGCAUAUAAACAUGGACGGGAUUGACGUGUCCAGUAAGCUCAUAGACGUGGCGCGCAGGAGACAGCGAGUGGAGGAGGCAGAGCACACAGGGAUGAGUCAUUCCCCCGAGGGGGCAGAGUACAUAAGGAUGAGUAAUUCCCACGAGGGUGUCCCUCCACACAUCUGCAACACGACAAGAGACAUGAACCCGAGAGCAUCCCAUCAGGAAAAAGAACCCAACUGGGGGAAUAAGAAAACAGAGAACAACCCAUGGAAGAGCUUAAAUGUGCACAUAAAUCAGAGUUACUAUAACUGUGACAUAAGUGACUUCACAAACUGGAGUGACAGGGAGGGAAAAAAAUAUCACAUCGUGGUGUCGUCCGAAGUCAUUGAGCAUGUGCCCAAUGAGAAAAAGGAGGAGUACGUAAGGUGCAUAAGUCAGUUAUGUUUCCCCGAGGCUGUGGUGGUCUUUACGACGAUUGACAGGAAUUUACUUUCCUAUUUGUAUUCUAUUAUACUAGCUGAGUAUCUCACGGGGAUGGUGAAAAAGGGCACACAUAGCUACGAUCAGUUUAUCGGAUCAGACAAGCUGAGUCAUCUCUGCGCUCUUUUCGAUUUACAGAAUGUGAGCACAGAACAUGCGGUGUACGUCCCUUUUGUGCGAGAUUACUUCCCCACGCGUUGGUUGAAGUUGCUCUAUUUGUCCGCCUUCGUUUAUCGAGGGGGAGCGCCGGUAAGCGGUUGUUAA